AUUAAAGCAAGCGCAAGUUGGGGUACUGAGAUAAGUCAAGGUAGCAGGCGUAUUGGCUCUGGUUGGAAAGCAUUCUAUCUCGAAGCUGAAGAAAAAUUAUAUACUUGGUUGAUGGAACAGAGAAAACAGAGACUAGCAGUUACUUACACAAUGUUGCGAGUUAAAAUGUUCGAACUUUUAGAAGAACCUGAAAUAACAAAUCCAUAUAAUUUAUCAAAGGAUUUUAAAACAUCGGACCGUUGGUUAUCUGUAUUUUUAAAAAGAUAUAAAUUAUCUUGGAGACGGCGUACAAAAAUUUCCCAAAAACUUCCCGAACAAACUCAAGAAUCGUUAAAUAAAUUUUAUAACUUG